GACAAAUUCAGUGAGAUACAAAUGUAUGCUGAAUCCCUUUCCAGAACUGGCAGUUUCUGAUGGAAAAACUGUUUACUCAAAAAAUUCCUGUGCUGCACUACCCAUAAACCAACAAGUCAAAUAAAAACCUGAAAUUGAUUAUUCUUUGAAAAUGCAUGAUUUUUAGUCAAUCUAAUGAUUUUUAAGGCCCUGACUCAUGUUUUUUGAAUAUUUGUACCUGGCAAUAUUGAAUUCCACACAAAUGAUUUAUUUAUAUUGUUGUGCCAGCUGCUACACAAUAAGGACCUUGGCUGAGGGCUUUUGAUCACUGCCACAAUAAAAUAAAAUAAAAUUAUAAAAAGUAAAUAAUAAACAUAAAUAAUAUUUUUAGAAAUUGCAUAUUCUCCAUAUAUGAGUGUGUUGCCUUUCAAGCUUAUAAUGAAAAAAGGGGUUAAUAGCUCUGUGACUGAGGCAUUCUGGGAACUGUAGUGUUUAGCAAGAAUGCUGGGAGUGGUAGUUCUUUUUCAGCCUUUCUCUUCCUCUCUGUAAUGGCUGCAUGUUAUAAGGUACUGUCUCUGUUCUUCUCUGAGCAAGUUUAUUUUAAAAUUCUGUGCUACCAUUUUUUGUUGGUAAAAUACCCCUUGAGGAGGGCCCUUGGUUCCAAAGGCAUCAUCACCUCUAGCAGAGAUGGGAUGUUAGCCCUGGGAAGAGAGCUGCUGUAUGGAAGGUGGCAUGGAGAAUAAAGAGCAAAGGGGUUAACUGGAAAAUUAACUGUGGUGAACAGUAAAAGCGGAGAUGAAACCUCACGGUGGCGUUGGGCUUUUUAGAAGUCUGCUUGCUAAUAGUUUUCAUCGCUGUCACCAUCACUGCUCUCCUCUUGCUAAAAGGAUAGGUCACAUGAUGGAACUAUCUAUCUUUAGGCACAAUUAUUUAUUAAAAAUAGUUAAACCUACUCUGUCACUUAAUGAUUGGUCAAGGAGAUAUCAUCAGGAUUUUAGAGCACUGUGGAAGCAUGAAGCUGUGGAAAAAUAUCUAGAGACCUUAAACGGAGAAUACCAGCGGGUUGGCCAGUUGUUAAAUAGUGGCUCAAUGAAUGAGUAUGAUCGAAGUACUCUGAGCAGAAGACAUAAUCAUUUAUCCACCCUUGUAGCUGCAUUUCAAGAAAUACAAGAGGCAGAAAGAGAAGUUCAAGAGAUAGAAUCCAUGUGUACAAAGCUAGACAGCAGAGAUGAGAAACAGAUGCUAGAACUUGCCUUGGAAGAGAAGGAAAUCAUUAACCAAAAAAUCAACACAUUUUGCAAAAAGCUUUUCCAGAGUAUAGUGCCAAGGGAGAAACAUGAUGAAAGUGAUGUUAUAUUAGAGGUGACAUCGGGCAGAACCACUGGAGGUGACAUUUGCCAACAGUUCACCAAAGAAAUGUUUGACAUGUACCAGAAUUAUGCAGAUUACAAAUGUUGGGCCUUUGACAUUCUGAACUACACACCAGCUGAGAUUGGUGGAUUGCACCAUGCAGCUGCUCAUAUUUCGGGAGACUGUGUCUACAGGUAUUUGAAAUAUGAGGGAGGGACUCACAGAGUUCAGCGAAUUCCUGAGACUGGCCUAUCAUCAAGAAUGCAGCGUAUUCACACUGGGACAAUGUCAGUUGUUGUCCUACCUCAGCCAGAGGAGGUAGAUGUUAAAGUGUAUUCUAAGGAUUUGCGUAUAGAUACUUUCAGGGCCAAAGGUGCAGGAGGGCAACAUGUUAACACAACGGACAGUGCUGUGAGAAUAGUUCAUAUUCCCACUGGAUUAACAGUAGAGUGUCAGCAGGAGCGAUCACAGCAAUUGAACAAGGAACUAGCUUUGCGGACACUGAGAGCUAGGUUGUAUCAGCAAAUAAUUGAGAAAGACUUCAGCAAAAGGCAGAAUGCUAGAAAACUGCAGAUAGGGACAAGAGCCCAGUCAGAGAGAAUUCGUACCUAUAACUUCACCCAGGACAGAGUCACUGACCACAGGAUCUCAUAUGAUGUCCGCAAUAUCAAGGAAUUUCUCAGUGGUGAGGGGGCACUGGAUAAGCUAAUCAACAGGUUGUUGGAAUCUGCAGAGAUGGAAGCCCUAAUUGAACAUUUAGAAAACUUUAAAUCUUUAGAAGGAGGAGGCUGAUGUAGAUCUUGUACUAAAUACACCACCAGUCCUUGUAAUUCUGUAGAACAAUAAAAUGGAAGUAUUUGUUAGAUGUCA